AUGUGUACCUCUCGAUGAAGAGAAGUAGCCUACGACUUUUUAGCCCAAUGAUAUUACCAAACUUCCAUUUGCCUUUAUUUUACAAAUGCGGAAGCAGAUACGUUAAGGGGAUUUCUCAUGAUGAACGCUACAGUAGCCUAUGCGUUUUUGUUUUACGGCUCCCCAUAGCUGCAACAAAGCAUUAAAAUAUAUAAUAAUUACGGAUUGUGAACGGUAGUUAUACAAUCGACCGAAUUAAUUUGCGCAUAUUGAAUAAGCCUAAUAUUUGUAAAGAUGCGUAAUUUCACCAUCACAGCAAUGAAGUAUGCAAACGUUGUAUUACUAUCUCAAAGUUCAAACGUAUACGGCGUUAAAUCAUUAGACAACAAAAUCAUUUGAUAAUCAAAAAACAUUUAAAUAUUUUUUUCCAAGCCCAACUCCAGCUACUCCUAUGGUAAAAGCAUGGUGUUGAGAUGAAGAUUACCGGGAAGAUCCUCACUCAUUUUCAGUCGUGCAGCUCACCCGUCGACAAAGAAGGAUACCUGUAUAAAAAGGGUGAGAGAAACACUUCCUAUCAGAAGCGCUGGUUCAUGCUGAAGGCAAACCUGCUCUUCUACAAGGACCGGCCCAACCACCGCGACCUGCUUGGCGUCAUUGUUUUGGAGGGCUGCUCAGUGCAGCUGUGCGAGUCUGAGGAGCAGUUUGCCUUUUCGCUGGUGUGGAGCGGUGAACCGGGCCUGCGCACCUACAAGCUAGCCGCAGAGGACCAGCCCAGCCAGGAGAGCUGGAUCAGGGCCCUGCUGUCGGCCAACCACGGCUACCUGGCUGCGUUGGUCAUGGAUUUGGAGAAACAGUACAAAGAGGCCAUGAAAGCGUUUCCUGGUGACCCAUCCCAGCAGUCUACACUGGCUGGCCCAAACACAGAGAGGCCAACGCAGUCGCUGAUUUGGCUGAACUCUGGGACCGCGACCCUUUCACAGUACCUAGGGCCAAGUGUGGGAGCCGGGCAAAGCUUUAGCACAAAUGAAAUGCUACAAGUUCCUCCCAUUUCCUCUAAACCAACCAAUAAGAGGUCUCCAAAACUCUGGCCCAAGAGAAAUGCAAAUGUUGUACCUAUUAAUGUCCCAUCCCCGCCCCAAGGGGAGUGGUCAGUGACUGGGUCAGGACCCAAGGUGGAAUUUAGCGAACUACAUGAGGACUUUGGCAAGGAGGUGAAGGAGCUGAUUGCUGAUUGGUUGAGACAGGGACAGAAAGAUGUAAUUCAGGAAGAAGACUUAAUUGAUUUUGGUUGAUUCAGCAUGGUAUGUCACUAUAAGCAUGUAAACAGUUCAUACCAAAGGAGUCUGUACCAAUUGCAAUAAUGGAUGCCAACAUGAAUUAAUAUUUGUGAAUGUAAGAAAAUAUAUAAUGAUUAUUUUAAAAUAAAUAUUUUCAUUUGAAUUAA